AUGGAUGUUACCUUAGAAAUUGCCAAAUCCAAGAAGGGCAUUUUUGUCUCUCAGCGAAAUUAUACUCUUCAACUCAUUGAAGAUGCUGGUUUAUUAGCUGCAAAGCCCAAAACUACUCCUAUGAAUCCCAAGAUUCAUCUUCAAAAGGAUGUUGGUGAAGUGUAUUCUGAUCCUUCUAAAUAUAGAUGUCUCAUUGGAAUAUUGUUAUAUUUGAACAUCACACGUCCAUACAUUUCUUUUGUUGUUCAAUGUUUGUCUCAAUUCAUGUCAAAUCCGUGUGUUCCUCAUUAUGAAGUAGCUUGUCAUCUUAUUAAAUACUUAAAAGGAUCACCUGGACAAGGUUUAUUUUUCUCCAAAGAAUCAUAUUUACAAUUGAAAGGGUUUUGUGAUUCUGAUUGGGUGACAUGUAAAGAAACGAGAAAGUCAAUUACUGGUUUUUGCAUCUUUCUUGGAAACUCUCUUAUUUCCUGGAAAACCAAGAAACAACCAGCAGUUUCCAGGUCUUCUGCAGAAGCCGAAUAUAGAGCAAUGGCAACAACUACUUCUGAACUUGUUUGGCUUCAACAAUUAUUAGAAGAUUUUGGAAUUCAUGCGAUUGAUUCAACACUGUUGUUUUAUGAUAAUGAAGCAGCGAUUCAAAUAGCCACUAACCCCACAUUCCAUGAACGGACCAAGCACAUAGAAGUCGAUUGUCAUUUUGUGCGAGAGAAAGUUGAAAACAAGUCUAUAAAGUUGUUUCCGAUUCGAUCAGCUAUGCAAUUAGCAGAUAUGUUUACAAAACCAUUACCAAGUUCGAAACUUUUACCCUUUAUAAGCAAGUUAGGUCUAAAGAACAUUUAUUCUCCAACUCCAACUUGCGGGGGAAUAUUAGAGGGUUAG